AUGCAUCAUCGCGUGAUUGUCCCAAGAUCAUCCUCUGUGCAUCGAUUCGCAUGCUUAGCACUUUAUCGGGCGCUCCUUCGACAAUGCAACCAGAUAUCGAGCACUGCACCCAAGCUCAGUGCAGCAGAGUCACACAUUCGAGACCGAUUUCGCAGAUAUAAAAACCUUCAAAGCCCUUCACAAACCGCAAAUGCGCUCAAGGCCGGUUAUGAAGUACGCAACUCUAAGCUCCUUUUUGCGACCGCUGGCUAA